AUGAAUGGAGUUCAAGCGCGAGAAAAAGGCAACGCUUUGUACAAAAGAGGUCAGCUGACUGAAGCUAUCAAAGCUUAUCAAGAAGCCGCCCGUCGUGCCGAACCGGACGAUUACCUACCAUGGUCCAACCUCUCAGCAGCUUACUAUGAGGUCGGGAACUUUCACGAGUCUAUCCAAUGCGCCCAGCAAGCAUUGGCCAUUUGUCAAGGCCACAGCGAUGACAAUGGCACAAAAUCCCGACAAACCACAGAGCUGAAGUUGAUUCCUCGAAUCCUUCGAGCUUAUUUGCACACACACCAAUUCGAUGCUGCGAGACAAUGGCUACAUCGACUGGCAGAUAUACAAAGCCCGUCUUCGGCUGAUGAGCUACGUCAAUAUCAAGGAGCUCUGGACCAUGCCGAGAUAGUAUGGCGAGCGUUUCCUGACGAAGAAACGUAUACACUACAACUUCUAGCGGAAUUGCCUCGCUAUCAAUCAUCCUCCAUGCAAAGAAAUGGCGACUUACCAUCGAGCAAGGAUAUCAGUCUUGAUCAAGUCACUGACCUGGUCGACUUUACGGUCCAUUCCAACAUUGACAGAAACCUAGCCGUAUUUCUAGGUGGCAUUAGCGAUGCGCGCCAUUUCUAUGCCCAACUCGCCAUUCUCGGCGUCACAGAACGCAUGGUUAUGCAUUCCACAACACCCCUGAAACGAAAAUACCAGUUCACUCUGAACGACAGCAAUUCUGCGGUCAUUGCACGGAAUCUUGUUCUUCUUGUGCUCUUAGAUGAGCUGGCCUGCCAGACCGACAUUCCACAGGCUGAACGGACUGAAAUUUAUACGACAGUGUAUUAUAUAUUUUCUGGUGUGAUUAUCCCACGCUAUGCAUUGGGCCGUCUUCUUCACACUGUUGACUCUGUUGUUGGCCGAUUGAAGACCAGCCAACGGGUACUUCCGUGGUUGCAGAUUUAUGAUUUGGAUCGGGCGCAUUUGAUCGGAGCUUUAGAGUCGUGGUUGGAUUUCGAAUCGGACGACCGAAAUUCUACGAGCAAUGCCAUUGACAGAACAGUGCGGAGUCUGCAUGAUUACAGCAUGCCGUACAAUUCGAGAGCUCCACCAGGCUGUCAGAAAGAGCUGGAGACGUAUUUCGAACUUCCGCUCCUGCAAGCCCCACGGAGUGUUACGAGGGAACACGAACCCGAGCUACUUCAACUUAUAGAAACGAAUGCCUCGAUUGAAAAUCUGCGCAGUUAUGUGAAUGGGAAGUGGUUUGUCAACCCAACCAUGAGUGAGAUGGAUGUAUCUAACCCAUUCGACAUCUGUCGGGCGCUAUACAACAUAGUCUCUAUCCAAGAAAGAGGCGGUCCAAAAAAAACCAAGUUGUUCGAUUAUGCAUCAUCGUUCUUUCAGAUGAUAGUAGUCGCUCUUCGGAAAAUUCGCGGCCGACUGAGCGUUGAGUAUGUUGUUGGUGAUCUCGCAGUGGCGAUUGAUGGAAUACGAUAUGGCUUAGUCGAAGGCCGGCACAGUACAACGCCUACUGUUUAUGAUCUGGUUCAUUUGUCUCGCCCUUGUGAUAUCCCUACGGUCAUAAGUGCAAGUAAGAUUCUCAACGAAUCCCAAGCAGCAAGACUUAUGAUUAGCACAUCCGGUACCGAUUCGGGCCUUGGAGAAAGAUGCAAUAGUGGUUGUUUUACGGCCAAUGACUCUACAACAUUAUAUAAAGUCACUCAAAUGCAAACAGUCUCAAAGAAAAGUCAAGAUGCAUCUUCCACAUCUUCGGAUGAAUGUCUACUGGAGUUGAGGCGCGACAAACUGGCGCCAUUUUCAUAUGAACACCUGCUUUCACGUGGGGAGCUCUCACGGUUCCUGUUUUCUCAAUUUUUCAGUGUGUCUUUGCCAUUAGGAAAUGCAAUGUCAACUUCUGCCAAUCUGACCUAUUUCUUCGAUCUGCUCAUUCACUUGCACUCAAUCGGCUAUCCGGCUCACUGGCUAGCAGAUGUACUCGCAAAGAUACUAGGUGAUGGGGUCAACUCUUCUCCAUCCCCCCCUAGGACACCAGACGAGACUAACCCGCGAAACCCCCUUUCUCCGAGCACGACAAUGAGAGGCGUGUAUGGUAGCGUCGCGUCAUUUAUUCCUGAGGCGUCGACACUAGCGAGCAUAUUCCAGCGUCUGUUACCGUUCAAUGUGAUCACCAGCCUUCCUCCACUUAGUACGAUACAUCAGUAUAUACUACAUUUCAAGACCGGCGACGGCGGUCUGUCUCGCACACCCAUGGCACUGAUGAUCUAUAACAAUCACGAUAUACCCGCAACAACUCUUCCAUUCCCCGAAGAAGAAUAUAUAAUCAUAUUGACAUUCACUUACACACCUACAGACGAUGGACAUGCACGCGUCAAAUUCUGGAUGAGAGAAGAUAUCAUCACCCAAUUACAAUCAUCUUCGCCAAAUGAGACAUGGCACUGCACUCUCCUCCACAUCUCGAAGUCAUCUUCCAACCAUAAUAGUACCAACGAGGACGAAGCCUGGAAACCAUUCACAGAACAAUCCGUCUCAAUCAACAGUGCGAUCAAAGGCGAACAGUGGUUGUCACCAACCCAAUACGCCUGCUCCGACACCGACGGGGUAAUGGAGUUAGACUCUUGACUCUGAUGUAUUUAUCAGCUUUUUUCUUUCCUGCCAUUCGGGAGUUUGAUAUAAAAGAAUGUGUUUUAAAAUAGAAGGAUCGACGCAAGUCGUGUAUUUCCUAGCUUUGUUUCCUCUUUUGUGUUGGAUGCUUGAAUUAUAGUGUUUGUUCUGUGUUUGGUCCAAUUGUUUAUGACUGGUGAAGGAAACGAUAUAGAAAUGAAUCAUGAAUUUGUU